CGCGCGCGGCCUUCGCCCGCCCCCGCCCGGUCCGGGCGGGAGGGGGAGGGAGGCAGCGAGUGCCACGUCCCCGCAGCGCGGGGCUUUGUGGGGCAGCCGCGCCGCCGCCCGCCCCCGGCCAUGGGCGCCUCGCAGAGUGUCGAGAUCCCCGGCGGGGGCACCGAGGGCUACCACGUCCUGCGGGUACAAGAAAACUCACCAGGGCAUAGAGCUGGAUUGGAGCCAUUCUUUGAUUUUAUCGUGUCCAUUAACGGUUCAAGAUUGAAUAAAGACAAUGAUACUCUCAAGGACCUGUUGAAAGCAAAUGUUGAAAAACCUGUAAAAAUGCUAGUGUACAGUAGCAAAACACUGGAACUGAGAGAAACAUCAGUGACGCCCAGCAACAUGUGGGGUGGACAGGGCCUGCUGGGCGUCAGCAUUCGUUUCUGCAGCUUUGAUGGGGCCAAUGAAAAUGUAUGGCAUGUUUUGGAAGUGGAACCAAAUUCUCCUGCUGCGUUAGCCGGACUUAGACCUCAUAGUGACUAUAUCAUUGGAGCAGAUACCGUCAUGAAUGAGUCUGAAGAUCUCUUUUCCCUUAUUGAAACGCACGAAGCAAAGCCAUUAAAACUGUAUGUGUACAACACAGACACAGAUAAUUGUCGGGAAGUGGUGAUUACUCCAAAUUCUGCCUGGGGUGGAGAAGGCAGCCUAGGAUGUGGCAUUGGUUAUGGAUAUUUGCAUAGGAUACCUACGCGCCCAUUUGAAGAAGGAAAGAAAAUUUCUCUCCCGGGACAGUUGCCUAGUGCAUCUCUCAGUCCCCUCAAAGAUGGCUUCACAGAGGUUCAGCUGUCAUCAGUUAAUCCCUCAGCCACAUUACCCCCUGUGUCAGCCAGCCUUGAACAGAGUCUUUCAGGACUUUCUAUUAAUUCACCCUCAACUACUGUCAGUAGCGUUCUCAGUACAGGCGUUCCAACAGUUCCAUUAUUACCACCACAAGUCAGUCAGUCCCUUACCUCUGUGCCACCAGUUAACCCAGCAACUACAUUACCAGGUCUGAUGCCAUUACCAGCAGGGCUUCCCAACUUGACUGAUCUGUCCAAACUUAAUUUACCUGCACCACACAUCGUUCCAGAAAUCAUACAGCCUGGUUUGCCAUCCCUUCCCUCCUUGCCGCCUCUGAAUCUAAUGGGAAUAACACCUCUGUCAAUGCCACCCAAAUGUGUUCCUCUGCUUCCUUUGGUCACAGAGGCAUCUACAGUGCCUACAGAUUUGCUUCCCUCCAUUACUCAAGCCGGAAGCUUUUCCGUCGACCCUGGCACUACUGUAAAUGUAGAACAGACCUCUACGCUCACCUUGGAUAGUGCUACCCCAACUUCUAAGGCAACUAUUGUUGACAGAUCAAGUGAAUCCUCUACAGUUAAUGAGAAGACAUCUGGAGUCACAGAUACACAAGCUUCUGAAUCAUAACUCCAGAUCACUCUGUUGGAUUGGCUUGGUAUUUAUUUAGCCAUGGGAUACAUAUUUGAAGAGCAAGCUAUCAUUAAUUUCAUACUAGUUUGUACUUAAUCUUUAGGAGUCCUGUAAAUAAUAUGGAGGUAUAAUAAAAAUAAAAGGGGGUUUAUAAAGUGUGUGUGGUGGGAGGGGAGGAAGAAUACUUGUAUGUAACCAAAAAAAAAGGUCAAGGUGGUAAAUAGAAUUCCACUGCCAAACUUGGAGGUGUAUGUUUUUAAUAUAGGCUGACAGCCUUAGCCUGCUAGGCCUGCCCUUGCUUAUAAUUAGCAAUUUUUGCUUCUGAUAGAAAUGAAGCGGUUCUUGCGUGUGACAUUUACGUACCAUAGUUCUUGUUCUUUGCAAGUAUCUUGUUACUACAGUGGGGAUGAGAAUGUUUAGUCCGAGUUGUAAAUUUUAACACUGCAGCACUUCCACCUAAAGAUAUUUCUGUUAAAGUUGCUGAGUGACCUGUUAACUGACAUCUCGUUAUUCAGCUUGUACACAAAUCUUUAUUUUUAAGCUCUCGAGAGAUGCUCAAGCCAUGUUUUGUGACUGCUGCUGCUGCGUUGUUUCAUACGCCCACUGUAAAAUGGCAUUUGGAAGGGAAUACAGGAAAUGUUAAAUGUAGCACACAAUUUGGCACUUCAUGACUACUGUAAGACAAAUUAAUGGAUUAAGCAUACAUACAGCAAUAAAUUCCUGGAAUUUUA